AUGGAUGUAACAGAUUUCCAUAUAUUACUUAUUCUGUUGUAUUAUUUUAUACAACCUGUUGUAAAUAUUGGAAGCGAUUAUUUUGAAUGCCCACGAAGAUGCACCUGUAUUCCGGAUGUAGCUGAACCGGAUCGUUUCGUUAUAAGCUGUAAAUGGUCAUCAACAACAACAAUAAUAUCCGGUAAUAAAUGGAAACAACAAAUAUUCGCUCAAUUUCCAUUAAAUAUUACAAAAACUCUUAAUAUUGAAUGUGACAAUAAUUCAUCUUCAAUCACUCCUAUUAUUUUUGAUGAAAAUUUAUUUAGUGGAUUUAAAAAUUUACAACAUUUACGGAUACAGUUUAAUCGUUGA